AUGAAGAAAAAUGAACUCUGGGUUGUUGGAUCCGUCGACAGGGAAAUUGCCAGCACCAUCAAAAUUUUGAUCGCCACGCGAUUGAAGAAAGAAAGCAGAUUUAUCGAAGCAUUCAUCCAUGUUCUCGAAGAAAAUGACCAGAAACCUGUCAUUCAGCCGAUCGGAGACAUAUUCGUGGAAGAAGAUUAUCCAGUUGGAAUGCUUCUCUACAGGGUCGAAGUCACAGAUCUCGAUGAAACGCCAUUCUUUGAAUUUUCCAUAACGAAGGGGAAAAAGUUUGUAAGCAUAGAACGUUUCUCCGGCUUUAUGCAUCUGAGAAGAUAUCCUUUUGAUGCGGUGGACAUUUGCGUGUCUGUCUUUGACGGGAAAUAUACAGACAAUCAAUGCUUUUUCAUUCAACCAGCAAACGGAAAGACUGUUUUGUAUUCGUCUGAAAAUGCUUUCCAACUGGACUCGACAAACUUCGACAGCUCAAAUCUAACAAUUACCGACGGAUUUGGCGAGGUCGCGUUGGAUUACAAUGUCUUCCUGAAUAAAGAAAAAGAUGCGCUGGAAUUAAGUUUUCCUAGCAGUCAAGCAGAUUUCACUUCAAUAUUCAUUGCCUCCAGCUCUAUCUCAAAUUCAAGAACCUUUCUGAUUGCACAUCAAUCCGCUUCUCAAACGAAAAUCAUCCCACCAGCUGAUUUGGGCACACUGACUCUUUCUAAGAGCUGGAUACCUCCCGGAGAAAUCUUGUACUCCAUGGACAUCCGAUUUGAAAGAAGCUACAGAUUCGAUGAAAACGUCUCAGUUGAAAUUUCGCCCGUUGAAUAUUUUGAUGCCAAGUUUUCGCCGGAUAAUGGACGAGUAAUUGUGUACUCAAGAGGUUUUGCGGCGGAAGAGGUCAAAAGAAUCGAUGAAAUUCAAAUAAGCAUUGGGGAUAAAAGCGUUGCCGGUACUCAUGAACGCUUUUCGGAUUGA